AUGAACUUUUUCCUAAUUCUCUCACUUGCUCUUUUUAUUAUUUUUCCCCUCGAGGUAAUUGUAUAUAAUUAUAUUGCUCCAAGAAGAGCAUAAGAUGAGAAAGAAUUCAGGUUCAAAGCAAUGACGUCACACUGGUAAUCAAGAAGAAUCGGAGAUUUGCAAGCCCACCUUAUUGUUUUGCAUAUGCUCGUGUUUUCAAUAAUGCCACAGGUUAAACAGUUUGCGAAAUUUAAAAAAAAAAGGAGAAAGAUUUUCAAUUUUUAAGGGGGAAAUGAUACAUUUUUCUAUGAAAAAAGAUUGGCUGAAUUUUUAUUGGAUGGUUUUGUUUUAUUGAAAGAAAGAGAAUUUAUAUUUUUUUAUAUUGGGGUCCAAAAAUUUAAAAAAAAAUGAGAAAAUUUUCAAUCUGUUCAAUAAAAAUGCUCAAAAAAGUUCCACAAAAACCUAACAAAAUAAUUUUCUAUAGGAAAAUCAAUCUCCUGCUAUGGCUAUGAAUACGACUGUAUUGAUGUACAAAAUAAUGUGCAAAUAGGAGUAAGUUUUUCCUUUUUUCUGCUUCUCAAAGAAAAAUCCAAAUGAAACGAAGAUAGAUGGAUGAGAAAAUUAAUGAAAAGUGAAAAGAGUGCUCGGCAAAAAUGCUAAUAACUUUCUCUUUUAAAACAAGAGUCUCUCAUUCGAUUAAUGAAAUUUGAUAGUUGUGAAAAAAUGACAUCAAUAUUUUUUUUUCACAGCUAUGGAUGGAAUAGAUAGAUGUUUUUGCAGAAUCAAAUUCAUUUAUUUAUUUAUUUUAUUGUAUUUCUGUUGCUGGAAAUAGAGUAUCAACUAUCAGUAUUUUAAGCAAAAAAAUAAUAAAAAAUUUAGGAAACUGUCGAUUUCUCACUGGAAGAAUGCGAAACAACUUCGGAAUUUAUUGAGUUUGCCGGCAAAAAUUUUCAAACACGUCUUGAUUCAAUAGCCAAAUCAACAACCAAUUCUCAAUAA